AUGCGCACGCCGGCAAUCGGGACGAGAAAGUCGAUCCCGAGCUGGUCUAAUUGUAAUUCAUUGCACGCCACGUUUCUAUCAGGGGGUGUUCGGCUCGGUGGUAACGCCAUCGGCGCGCGUUUGUGUGCAUGUGUUGGCUACCGGCUCGCCGGUGUUGCAACGACAUGCAAUCAGCAGCGUGUGGCUGGCGGGGGUGUCGAAAGCAAAAGAUCCCGGCCAAGUGCGGCACGAACUGGAUGACCAAAUUCGAGUCAUUGAACUGUGGCCAUUCGACGGCGGCUGCGGUUUAGCGACGGGUAAAUUCAGAGCGGCUCAGCUCCUACAAAUUGCCGCGUGAAGAAAUAUGUCGAGUGAACGCCGGCCAUUAUCACGAUGAUUGGCUAUUACGUCAACUACUUUCGUUUACAAAAUUAUGCGUAUUUCACUGAGGAAUUAUCCCAUCGAGUAAGACAGACAUGGGAAACUGGUGCGGCGGCAGCAAGCUUCAGGUCCAUGUUCAGCCAAGCUUCACCUACGAGACGAUUUUGGACCGGUACAUCGACUCCCACCUGCCGGAGCUGAUGAUGAACGCAGUGCAGCUCUCUGACCAUCGCUCUUCCCUCCCCAACUACACGUCCACGUGGGACGACCUGACCACCCAGCUGGAGACGACUCAGUUCGACCGGCGGCUCUCGAUGCGAAACGAGGCGGCGCAGAAGCUGUGUCCCGAGGUGCCGCAGCCGGAGGCGCCUGCGCAGCCGUCUCGCACUGGCGACGGUCAGGUGGCGUCGCUGCCGCCGCAGCCGCCGCAGCCGCCGGCGCCCCCUCCGCCAGCGCAGCCCCAGCCGGCGCCGGCCCUGUCCAAGGACUCCAAGGAGUCUGCCGGCAAGGUGCUGUCGACGCCGGGCUCGACGGUGCGUGCGACGCUCUCCUCCAAGCCGUCGCUGCCGCCGAUCGCCCAGCGCUCGUCACAGGUACGACGGGUGGCCGAGCAGCCGCCCAAGCCGCGCUCCACGGAGCCGCCGAGAGACGAGCAGCCGGAGCCGCAGGCCGCCCCGUCCCGCUCCACCACGGCCGGACAGGACGUGCUGCCGGCUAUCUGAACGCGGCAUAAUAGGUGACCAACACUAGUCAGUAACAGACCGAGACGGACAAUCCAACAGCUCAGCGUCCCUGGCUUUAUAGUCUACAGGUUUGUCUCCACUAAAGGAAAAAGACAGGGUAGAAAAGUCGAUAUAUUUAAAUAUCUUUCAGCUUGCAACGCACAUUUAAAUAUCCUUCAGCUUGUAACGCACGUGCAAAUACAGCGAAUUACCAACAGCA